UUUUAUAAAAAAAAUUAAAUAAAUUACAAAGGUCGCAUUGCAUUCUAGAUUCUAGAAGCUUCAGAGUUGCACAACAAAAGCCUAUAUCCUCAUCUGGUUGUCCUUCUCCUUCCUUUGGCCAGUCAUUCUAGGGAAAAAAAAACUUCAAAAUGGCUAGCAGCCGCUGGAUCAGACCUGAGGUGUACCCACUGUUUGCAGCUAUGGGAGUUGCUGUUGGCAUCUGCGGCUUCCAGCUGAUCCGCAACAUCACCAUCAACCCUGAAGUCCGGGUGAACAAGCAAAACAGGGCUGCCGGAGUGUUGGAGAAUUUUGAGGAGGGGCAGAAGUACUCUGAGAAUUUUCUCAGAAAAUUCGUUCGCAACAAGAAGCCUGAGAUCAUGCCGGACCUCAACAGCUUCUUUUCUGACCCACAGAAGAACUAAAUGCCUUGCUCGGCUGAUCGGAACGUGAAGGUUUCUAUGUUCCAUAGAUGUGGUCGCUCAUUCGUCUGUCAGAGAUUUGUAUGUCUUUUCUUGGCUUUGAGUGAGGAUUAAUGGUGUACCCUAAUAAACUCAUGGAUCUUACUACCUUUUAACACAUGUUGUGAUAUUUCAGAUUUUAAUGCUAUCAUUGAAAUUUCAUCUUUUGGUGAA